AUGUCUGUUACUACUGUUAACAUCAAUGUACCUGUCAACCACCGUCCUUGGAUGACUAUAUCUAAACAUGACAUUACACUACCAGAGGACAUAGAAGUCGGGCAUCAGAUAGUCAAUAUAAAGGCUAAAGAUAAAGAUAAGAAUCAGAUACUGACCUAUCAUUUAAAAGAGCAGUUAACUGUUCCAUUUCAAAUAAAUCCCGAAACUGGUUGGUUGGUGGUCAAAGCUCCUCUAGAUAGAGAAAUGCGAGAAUUUUAUACCUUACAUGUAAUAGUUAAAGAUAAUGGUGAACCCAUAUUAACUGGUAAUGCGGUAGUCAAAAUAAGGAUAGAGGAUAUCAAUGAUCAUUUCCCAAGGUUUCACGGAGGCAAUGUGUUCCAAGGUUUUGUACAUGAAAAUGAAAAGAACGACCGAUCACCACAACGUGUAAAUUUGGAGAGGAAUAUUACUGUUACUGAUGAUGAUGCUACACCAGCUAACAGAAGAGUUAAACUAUAUCUACAUGGAUUAGGAAGCCAGCUGUUUAAACUGAAUUCUAAAACUGGUCAGUUGACAACUAGUAAAAUAGCCAAUAUUGAUAGAGAGAUCCACGACUUCUUUCAUUUUAAGGUUAUGGCCGUGGACAGUGGUAUUCCAUCUAAAACAUCGACAGGAACAAUACUGAUAUCAGUAGUUGAUGUCAAUGAUAAUCAUCCCAAGUUUCUGUCCACAUCAUUUGAAUUUGAUGUAGCUGAAGAUAUAAAACCUGGUGGUGUUAUAGGUCGUGCUUUAGCUGUAGAUAAAGAUGCUACUCAGCCUAAUAAUCUGUUACUGUAUCUAUUGGAGAAUGAAAUGAGCGGAAAAUUCAGACUCGACAUCAAUACUGGUACAAUCCAUGUAUCAGAAGGAUUCUUUUCUCAGCCUCUCAAGCCAGUCUAUAAGUUUAACGUCACAGCACGGGAUCUUGGUUUCCCAGCUGGAUUAACUACCACGGAGGUCACACUCAAGAUGCCAAAUACAGAGUUCACGCUACAGGACAUCAAGAAACCAAAACAAAGAGUUAUGGUACUUCCAGAAGAGAUACCAAUUGGUUCGAUAAUUGGUAGACUCGAGCCUGAAUUGGAACAUCCAGUCCAAGAUAUUCGUGUCGAUCCAGCACAAAAACAAACAGUACCAUUUGAUGUAAAACCUAAUGGAGCAAUCAUCACUACCGAUAGAAUUGAUAGAGAAACCGGCAAACCUUACUAUAACUUUAAAAUCCUUACACUUUACAACUGUACACCUCCAAUUAACACUGUUCGUGAUGUCACAGCAAUAGUUAAUGAUGUUAACGACAACGCACCAGUUUUUCCUUUGGAGCAAUACACCUCAACUAUCUCCAAAGACUUUCCAAAAGAUACUGUUAUUGCUACACCUAUAGCUUUUGACGAAGUUGAUGAACGACCAUCUUCCUAUAGUUACUCUAUAACUGGUCCUCAACCAGAAUAUUUGACUAUCAAUAAGACAACUGGAAUAGUCCGAACUACUGGAUUGGUAAAGAAUAUAACGACACCUCAAAUAGUGUCCUACACAGUGACAGCACGGGAUAAUCAAAAUCCCACUUUACAUGCUCGAACGAAGCUAAAUUUACACAUAAUGUCACACAAUAUUACUAAAGACAAUUGUUGAGGUUAAUAGUGUAUCAUAAACUAAAAGCAUUUCAUAAUAUAGAUAUAACAUUGCUAAACAGUGUAUCAUUCAAAUAAAAAACGUAAAAUGU